AUGGCGAUACUAUACAAAAGUAUAUGUUUCUUAUUAAUAUUGUCAGUAAUGGCAAUAACAAUAUGUCAUUCUGAUGAAAAUUGUGAAACUCUACCAACAGAAAUACAUGUAACGAAAGAGGAGUUUGAUGAUAUGGGAAGCUUAGUAAGAGCAUGUAGCGGAGAAGUAACUGUUAAUAAAUGUGAAGGAAUAUGCAACAGCCAGGUUCAACCUUCGGUUGUUACUCCGACAGGCUUUUUGAAGGAGUGCUUUUGUUGCAAAGAAAACUACUUAAGAGAACGUCUGGUCACGUUAGUCCAUUGCUAUGAUUCGGAUGGCUUGAGACUUGAAGACGAAGAAAGAGCUAUUAUGGAGAUUCGCUUAAGAGAACCUGCUGAAUGCCGAUGCUACAAAUGUGGAGAUUACAACCGAUAA